CCCUUUUAUAUUUUUUUCAAACAGUAUGUGACGCCACCCUUCCAAAGUUGUUGUUAAUGGCUCACCUCCCCUCCCAAACAAAGCCCAUCUCUUUUGGCGUCUGCUGGAAAAUCAAACGGCCAGUGGCUCAGAGAAUAGCAACCGUUGACUAGCCCAAAAAAGUAGAUCCUAAUACUAUGGACAGUGAGCUCUUCAAUUUCAUCAAGGUAUGGAUCACAGCAAUCACAUCUCUAGUCUAUUGUUACUAUGUUGUGUCUCUCAUCCCAAGAGGCAUUAUCAGGCUUCUCUCUCUCCUCCCCAUAAUCUACCUCUUCUGCAUCCUUCCUCUCAACAUCUCCUCCUUCAAUCUUUGUGGCCCCACAAUCUUCUACCUUGUUUGGCUUGGUAAUUUCAAGCUCAUCCUCUUCUCUUUCGGUCAAGGCCCUUUGUCACCACAACCACCAUUAUCUCUACUCCAUUUCAUUUCCGUUGCUCUCUUCCCCAUCAAAACCAAACAAGACCCAUCUCCCAAAUCACAUCCCAAUGCCCAAAAGAACACAGAUCCAUCUCUCAAAUCAUCUCAAAAUGCCAAAACCAGUUCAGACCCAUCUCUCAAAUCACCUCAGAAUGCCAAAAGAAGUUCAGACCCAUCUCUCCAGUCACCUGCAACGGCCAAAAGCAAUAAGAACCCAUCUGCAAAUUCAAACUCCAGUCCGGACCCAGAUUCCAAAUUUGACAAAAGUUUAGGGAGAAAAGCUCUAUUUGUUCUAAAGGUGGUGCUUUUGGCUGUGAUUAUUCGGGUAUACGAUUAUAGGCAAGAUUUGCAUCCAUAUGUGAUCUUGGCCCUCUACUGUUGCCAUCUUUAUCUUGCCGUUGAGCUAGUCCUAGCCAUCACUGCGGCCCCGCUUCGAGCCAUUCUAGGGUUUGAGAUCGAACCACAGUUCAACGAGCCAUACCUAGCCACCUCUCUUCAAGACUUUUGGGGCCGUAGGUGGAACCUCAUGGUUACCAGUAUUCUACGCCCUACCGUAUUCUAUCGUGUCCGCCGUAUUUCAACGCGUGUGGUCGGAAAAUUGUGGGGCCUACAAGUCGCAUAUCUUGCCUCAUUCUUGGUGUCCGGUCUGAUGCACGAGAUUAUUUACUUCUAUCUGACACGUGUGAGUCCCACGUGGGAGGUGACGUGGUUCUUUGUGCUCCAUGGGGUUUGUACCGGCGUGGAAGUUGCUGCCAAGACGGCGGUGAACGGGAGGUUUCGGUUGCACAGGGCGGUUUCAGGGCCACUCACGUUGGCGUUCGUGGCGGUGACCGGUGCUUGGCUGUUCUUCCCACAGAUUAUCAGGAAUGGCGUCGACCUGAAGGUUAUCAGGGAGUACGAAGAAUUGGUGAGUUUUGUGAGGGAAAAACUGUCAUUUAAUUUUUAGUAGCUUUAGCCUCAAGAGACUGCUUAUUUUUAGUUUGGGAUUUUUAAAUUGUGAAAAUUAAAAGCGAGACUUGUUACGUGUCUUGCAAAAAAACUGAUAAAGGGUUA